ACUGCAGCCUCUGGAUCGAGGGAAACCCCACGUGGAACAAAUCACAGUAACCAAAUACUGGCAUAUAGAGGCCUCUCAAUGGUUGUUAGCUGUGAUAACUGGGCACAGGAUUAGUAGUAGCUAGGAUUCCCACAUUGCAUGGGUUUGGACUAGAUGAUCUAGUCUACAAUUCUGUGAUUCCAUAACCCCACAAUUUAUUUGUCGCCCUCUCUCUGUAUGCAGCCUUGGCACUAAGUGUGGGAAAGUGUUGUCACACAGGGAUCAAGUGAUGGCAGCAGCACCCCCUGGUUGGAAUCCACAGCUGGGGUGUGAAGAGGCUGAGCAUCUUAAUUUUCCCAGGGAAGGACCUGCAGGUCCCACCCUAGAGCCUGGUGGCUUGGAGAUCACAGAUCAUGUGGAAACUGAGGAAGAGCAUUGCAGGGAGAACGUUUGCCUGACAGAGAAUCCCAAAGAAGAUAACAAUCCUCAUAGUUCCACCUCAGACAGGAGACCAGGGAGUUUGUCUUCUGCACCAUCCUCUGCCAAAUCAUUUGGGUUUUCUCAAAUGCUGGAGAGUCCCCUGUUUGGUUCUGAAUUUCUAAAGGCUCAUGCAGUUCUAGUCAAUAUCUCCAGAAGCUCCCUUUCUGCCUCUGAUUUUGAAGAGGAGGACUCCUCUCAAGACACAGAUGUGAGCCUGCCAGAGGAAUUUGCCUUCCAGGAACAGCCACCCGACAGUUGUAGUUGCAACAAGAUUCCUACAAUCUCUGCUGUGCCACAGGAGGAAACUGGUGUGGAUGGAGAGUUGCUGUCACCUGGCAGCAGACACCACUUCCAAGCUGCUUCUUGGAGUGCCCAUUCAAAUCAAGAUGGCAUGCCACCUAUGCGCAGCCAGGAAAAGGCCCCAGAAGGCAGGCCAGAGAGCGAAUCUGAUUCUGUGGUAUUAUCAAACGGUGGAAGGCCAAGACCCCUUCUCUUUCAAGCCCAGACACCAGAGACCAGAGAAGAGGCAAACUGUUCCAGAGUUUCAGACCAGUGGCCUCAUGCAAACAGCAAGGGCAAUAUGUUGUUUCAUAUAUGGGCUGGGGCAGAGAAGAGCACUUCCUCACCUAGCUGGGCCUUUCAGCAUCCUGAAGGUCAGGACUCUUUAUCAACCCUCAGCAAAGCCGAAGGGGAUGGUGAAGAUCGAAACACAUCCAAAUUUAAAAGCCAACACGUGCCUGUAAGAGAAGCACCUAAAGUGUCUUUGAAAAGUGUGAAUCCUAUCACUGACCAGCUCCAGGAUUCACUCGGCUCCUCCAAAUCCCGGUCCGUUUUGGAGAGUGCCAUUAGUUAUACAGAAAAUUCAGGUGAUGAAAGUUGCUCCAGCAACAGCAGACCGUGUGAAGGUGCUACUGCACAGAUCACUGGAGCAUCGCUGGGCGAUGAAGAGGAUAGCGCCUGUUUGCAUUCCCCUGAAACCAUAGAUCUGGCAGCAGAAGGAAAUCAAAAUGCAAUACAUACCGGUAGUCAAAGCAAAAAGGAAUGUGGGGUGGCAGUGCCUGGUUCAAGUUCCCCCAAACCUGUGGAGGAACCCCAAGUCAAGAGCUGCCUUUUGCAAAGUGACGAAGGGACUUUCAGCGAUGAGCUUCUGUCUCAAAUGAAGGAAGAUCUGUUAUCACCUGUUGAUGAUUUUCUGACAUAUGGAAGCAAUGAUAUGCCAUCCCUGACCGAACAAGAUGUCUCCUUUUCCUCCCAAGGCGAGGAUCUUCCUGCACCCCAUGAGUCUCCACCAGAGCAACUUCUGUUCCCUCCAUGAAAUACCUCCAUGAAAACCAAUGACUUGUCCUCAUCUGAAGUGUGUACGCCAGAAGAGGUUCAUAGAAUCAUAGAACUGUAGAGUUGGAAGGGAUCCCAAAGGGCCAUCUGAUCCGAUUCCUGAAAUACAGGAAUCAGAGCUAAAGAAUGGUACAGCAUCUACAGUUGCUAAGGCGGGCAGGGGGAGAAUAUCAUUAAGUGGUCCAUCAAGACCCUUAGCAAUUUUCAAGUGCUUUGUUGGUGUGGAGAAAAGUUUGACCCAUAUGUUUUUCUUUUUUUAGGAAUAGCAUAAUCAAAAGCCAGGGUGGCAUUUUAGGGGGGCGAUUUAUAGUUUUUAAAAAUUAACGAAGAGGAUAUAAAGGACCCAUCUUGAGCAAGUGGUGCAAUUGGAGAGCGGCCCUUUAGAACAGAUUAAUCAGGAAGCUGAGCCAGGGAAGGAGUUAGCUAUAAAAUAACGGAUUGGAGAGUCAAAAUGGGGCUUGCGGAACACGGGAGACAUAUUAAACUCCCUUUACCAUUAUGUGCCCAGCACUCUCCAGGCUGACAGCCAGAUAUAUCGUUACCAGCGAGGCCUCCAUCUCGUGAUUCUCCUUCUUUCAAGGUCUAAUAUUUUCUUUGCCGUGCCUUUGAUCAAUAUUAACCUCUUGGGUCAAUAAAUCUUAGUAGCGGCCUCCAGAGGAGUCAUUAGCUUUCAUAGGAAAUGAUUAUUUCUCCGUUAAACUCUGCAUUUCAUUUGCCCACCAUCCCUCUUUUUCAGACACUGACGCACGCAGCAAUCCUUCCUGAAAACAAGGGCCUCUGUGAGGUAUAAACGGCGUCCUGUUCUCCAUCCCUUGAAAUGCUUUGGGUUCAUUUAAAUUCCGUUCAGGGACCACAAAGUGGUUUCCUGCACUGAGAACAGUUUAAAAAAGAAGCAGCGGCACACAUGGAAGCAGAGAAGUCUCUUGGUUAAAACUUGAAAUGAAAAAGGGUUCCACACCAGCCAUUUGAGUCAGGAUUCCCUCAAGGAAUCCUGGGAACUGUAGUUUAAGGGUGCUGAGAAUUGUUGGGAGGCCCCUAUU